AGGCCGUUCAUCGAUCCAUCCUCACCAUGGUCGCCUUUUCCCGAGUUUCUGCAGGCCUUGUGGCCUUUGCGGCCCCUGCGUUGGGCAGUGUCUUGCUGGAGUCUAUCAAGUCAGUUCCCAGUGACUGGACGCUGGUGGAAUCCGCUGAUUCCAGCGCGACCAUCACUCUGUCCGUGGCUCUGGCCCGGCAGAACAUCGAUCAGCUCGAGGCGAAGCUCCUGUCCGUGUCCACCCCCGGCAAGGACACCUACGGACAGUACCUGGACCUGGCCGACAUCAACGAGCAGUUUCCUCUGGCCGAUGACGCUGCCGUGGUGUCUUGGCUUCAAGAGGCGGGCGUGACCAAGUUCUCUCGCGCCGGAGGUCUACUCCACUUUGCCACCACCGUGGGCACCGCCAACCAGCUGCUCAACACCACCUUUUCCGUCUACAAGAGUGGUUCCACCCAAAAGGUGCGCACGACGCAGUACUCCAUCCCGGAGAGCCUCACCGGGGCGAUCGAUCUGAUUGCCCCCACGGUCUUCUUCGGCAAGUCCCAGGCGGCCCGGGCUGGGGCUGUCCGUGCGGCCCAGACCACCAAGGACCGCACCAGCGCCAGCGAUGUCUGCGAGUACAUCACCCCGGCCUGUCUCAAGGAGCAGUACAACAUCGACUAUACCCCGGAGGCCUCCUCCGGGAGUCGGGUGGGCUUCGGCAGCUUCUUGAACGAGUCGGCCCUGUACUCGGAUCUGGACCUGUUCACGCAGUACUUUGACAUUGCGGAGCAGAGCUUCACCAUCGAGUUGAUCAACGGGGGUGUCAACAACCAGGAGAAUGAUCCGGAUGGAGAGGCCGAUCUGGAUGUGCAGAACAUUGUGGGCAUUUCGCAUCCUUUGCCGGUGACCGAGUUCAUCACCGGUGGAUCUCCUCCGUAUAUUCCGGAUGUUGAGGAAACCACCGACGAGAACGAGCCCUACCUGGAGUACUACGAGUACUUGCUGAACAAGACCAACGCGGAACUGCCGUUGGUGAUCAGCAACUCGUACGGUGACGAUGAGGAUACCGUCCCUCUCGCCUACGCCACCCGGGUCUGCAACCUAAUCGGCCUAUUGGGCGCCCGCGGGAUCUCCAUCCUAGAAUCCUCCGGCGACUCUGGCGUCGGCGGCGCCUGCAUCUCCAACGACGGCACCAACAAAGUCGAAUUCACGCCCAUGUUCCCAGGCACCUGUCCGUACAUCACGGCAGUCGGGGGCACGCAAGACGUGCCGGAAAUCGCCUGGGUGGACAGCUCCGGCGGAUUCAGCAAUUACUUCGCGCAGCCAUCCUACCAAGCAUCCCAGGUCUCAACAUACCUCGAUAAUUACAUCUCCGAUGCCACGAAAGAAUACUACGACCAAUACACCAACUUCAGCGGUCGUGCGUUCCCGGAUGUUUCUGCUUUCGCGGGAUCGCCGUACUACGAAACCGUAAUCGACGGCUCUCUCACCCUCGUUGGCGGAACCUCCGGCGCGAGCCCCGUCUUCGCAGGCAUCAUCGCCCUACUCAACGACGCGCGUCUCCGGGCGGGCAAAUCCUCCCUGGGGUUCCUCAACCCGUGGCUGUAUUCCUCUGGAUAUACAAGUCUGAAUGAUAUUACCUCUGGUGAAGCGGUGGGGUGUCAGGGGGAUGUCGACGGCGCGGGGGUCAUCGCGUGGGCGAGUUGGAAUGCCACAGUGGGAUGGGAUCCCGCGACGGGGUUGGGGACGCCGGAUUUUGGGAAGUUGAGGGAGGCGGUGUUGGCUCUUUGAAUCCUUACUUAUUGUUACUUUUGUGGGGGGGGGGCUACAUACCUUUGUGGAAUAGGAUGUUGAUUGUGAAUGAGGAAGAUGAUUGAGGAUAU